AUGUUUAGGUGUGCAGUCAAGGGUUUUGCAUAUUUUGCCACUUUGCUUACCAUCGUGGCCAAUGUUUACAUUUAUACUUAUCCAUCUUUCCAUCCAGAAGAGUGUUCAUGGAAGUGUUCCAACAAGAAUGCUCUAUUACAAAAUAAUUCGACCCUUUUGGAAAAAGUGAAGAGAUACAUCGGUGAUGUACAAGAGCAAUGGUAUGGUAACCAUACUUUUGCUAGUGAUAAUAAGGACAUUCAUAUCCUAGCGUUUGGUGACCCUCAAAUAAAAGGUAUUUGGCCAAAGACUCCAUAUGUGUCCCGAUUAGACACAUACGGCAACGAUUAUUAUCUUGGCCACAUCUACGAUAUGAUGCAAAAGAGGCUAAGACCUCAAGUGGUGACUGUCAUGGGUGACCUUUUUUCCAGUCAAUGGAUCGGAGAUUCGGAAUUCCAUAAUAGAACAAAAAGAUAUAUUAGUAGGAUUUUUAAGAGGGACCCUACUUUCAUUGAAAGAGUUAAACAAGAAAACCUUGACGAGGAAGGUCAAUAUAAGGCAAAUUGGCCUGAAUGGGGAGACCGUUUCAAUGAGAUACUAAGCAGCGUCAAGAAAAACGAAACUGGAAAUCAAGAGCUAUCGUUUGGAUUUGGUUAUGAGAAUAUCCAUUCAUGGAAUCCUGACUUAGAAGAUCAUUUGAUUAUCAAUGUCACGGGUAAUCAUGAUGUAGGUUACUCAGGUGACGCUACUUACCAGCAUAUGACAAGGUUUCACGAUCUUUUUGGUAAGGACAACUAUUGGAUUGAAUAUGAAACAAACACUACACACCCUUGGAGAAUUGUAGUGCUGAAUGAUCUUUUCCUAGAAGGUCCUGCUUUGCAGCCAGAGUUUGUUGAGGCCACUUGGAUAUUUUUGAAUCAACUUGAUGAGCGUAAAUUCAACGGUAGUACUGUUUUAUUGACUCACGUUCCGUUUUAUAAGCGUGAUGGCUUAUGUGUUGAUGGCCCCGACACUAGGUUUUAUCCGGAUACUCACACACCAGAAUCAUACAAAGCUGGACUUUUGAGAUCCCAAAAUCAUUUGAGUGAAUCCGUUUCAAAUAAAGUUUUGAGUUUGAUCUUCGAAAAUGGGAAGCCUGGUAUCAUAUUAACCGGUCAUGACCAUGAAGGCUGUGAAACGAUUUAUAACCAGAGAUCCGCAUCUACUUGGGAAGCAACUAAGGAUAUUGAAAGUGAUGUUUUUGUCAAAGAAAUCACAGUCAAAUCGAUGAUGGGCGAAUUUAAUGGAAACACCGGUCUCAUUACAGGAAACUUCAAUACACAUUCGAUGACUUGGGAAUGGAGUUUCAGUUUAUGCCCAUUUGCCAUUCAACAUGUUUGGUGGCUUGCUAAAGUGUCCCUACUAGUCACAAUAUUCGUUUGGUCCUCGCUACUAUUUGUUUAA